CCUCGGGCUCGCCGCGAUCCCGUUCUCGCCGGCCCCCGCUGCCCCCGCCGAUUCUCCCGGGUUUUCUGGUCCAGCCGGGCAGGGAGGACUCGCCAACAGAAUUGCGGUGCUUCGGCCAGCAACACACGGGAGGAGGAAAAGGACGGAUACAACAUAGUGCCGCCAUCGGGAGUAGGCCGACAGAGCCGCCGGCCGGCGUAUCAUCGAGGAGAAAGGGGGCCAAGUUACUGCGGUGGGGGGCCGGCGGCACAGCCACCGCUGUCCUGCGUAUUUACUACUACUCUUGGACACCGCCCGAGGCCCGACGACGCAUAGGAGUUUCCACGCCGUCGCUCUUGUCUCGGCCCCGCCGCCGUCCGGCCGCGUCUCGGCUUCGUUUCGUGAGAGGGAGGGAAACGCCGGGGGAUUGUUCUCGACUUGUGAUCCAGGAAGUAAUCAGCUCUGUUCCCGAAGGCAUCUCCUCACGCAUGGCCAGGCCUUAACGAGAUACACCGUGCAGAUCAUGAAGAUAGAUAAUGAAAGGCCUUACCAUACCAAUGCUUUUCAUGAGCUUGUCCCCAGUGGUGGCCCUAAAGUAGACGGUGAACCUGAAAGGGAAACUAAGGACAAUCUUUUGGAAGAUAAAAUGGUUGAACAGACCAAUCCAUCAGAGCAUGGUUUUGUGAAAGCUGAGCAUGAGAAGGGAGGUAAAACCAGACAAAUACGGAUCGAGGAUGUUUCUUAUGACAAGGAUGUUGUUGAGAUCAGCCUGCCAAGUUCUGUGGUUUCUUCUGAUUAUGGCGGCCAUUUUGUCAAGGAUGUCUGCAUUGAUGAGGGAGUGCUUGCUGAUCAAAAGGGUUCUGCAGAGAAGGUAGUAAGUGAAAAGGUGUGCCCAAUCUUUGAUUCUUCAAUGGCCGAUGGAAAUGGUGAUCUGAAAGAAGACAUACGAGUUGAUCCUGUGAAAACUGCACAUAAGUCACAGAUAGUUCCCCUUCAUGUCGUGCAUGCUACCGAUGGUAAUACUAUGGAAGAAAUAAGAGCUGAUCCUUUGAAAACUGAACAUGAAUCAGAGUCACAAAUUGUUACCCUACAUGUUCCAUGUGCUACUGAUGGUAAUAAGAUGGAACAAUAUUCUUGUGGCGAAGCACGUGAUCUUGAAGGCAACAAGACUACAGAUGAAUUAACCAAUGUAAACGAUGAGAAAUCAAGUCCUAGACAGUUAUCAAGUCAUGAAGCUGCAAAACAGUGCCAGCAGGUGGGCACAGUAAUUUCUGAGAUCUGUGAAACCCACAAGCCACUUCGCGAUGGAGAAGCAAUUGAUGAGGUUACACAAAUCGAUUGCCAUGAAACUGGAUCGAGUACUGCACCAGAGUCCAGUUACCUCGGUGGUUUACCAGUUGAAUCAACUUCUGAUGGGCUCUCAGCUGUAAUUCCUGAAGAUGUUGGUGCAGAAUUAGAUAACAGAGGAUUGAAUCCAGCUACUCACUACAACCCUUUUAUCGCCUUUGGAUCUUUAGAGGACACAUGGGAAUCCAAGUACGCUCUACCUACCAUUGUCGACGAUGUUUCUGUUGUACCCAUCUGUCCUGUUGGAAAGACAGAUAGCUUCAGUGAUAUUGUCAACGGUGGUGCACUGGGAGGAUUUGAUUAUGUUGAAACAGCCGAAUCCAGAAUUGGAGACAGUAGUAGGUUAGAUUCUUAUGGAGCACGUUCAAGCAGGCUGGGGGUCCAAGCAUCUGAAGAGAGCCAUGAUCAAGGAGGUCUUGUCGAAAGAACAGAUAGUUUUAGUGACAUCAUCAAGGGUGCACCAGGUAGAUUUGAUUCUUUUGCAGCAGAUGAAACCAGAAUCAAACACAAUAGACUAGAUUCUAUAGAAGAAAGUUCAGGUAGGUUGGAUGUCCAAGCAUCUGAAGAGAACAAUGAUCAGAGAGGUACUGUCGGCGCAGAGCCUACUGAUGUCAAGAGUGAGGGCCAUCCAAAAUGCGAGACGGGUGCUGUCGAAGAUGAACAUGACUUCAACCCAAGAGACAUGGGGGAUGGCACAAAGACAAGGGAGGAAAGCAACGGCGGCGAUGAGAGCUCUACGGUUUCGCAAACGGAGUCGGCGGUUCAGCAGAAUGAACCUGAUGGUGCAAAGUUGACGACUCGGGGCGGCAUUCGCAACCCCUUUGAGUCGAGCUUCUCUGGAGCAAACAUCACGCUGGACGCGGUAGCGCCCUCUGCUCACAUCGGCAACACUUCUCUUCGUUCGGACAGCAGCACGACGAGUACUCGGUCCUUCGCAUUCCCAGUGCUACAGACAGAGUGGAACAGCAGCCCGGUGAGGAUGGCGAAGGCGGACCGCAGGCGUUUCAGGCGAGACCGGGGCUGGGGUUACAGGGUCCUCUGCUGUAAAUUCUGAGAGCAUUUUUUUCCUGUUUGAUUGAUGAGUCUAGCUCAUGGCCGGCGGCCUCGCGCCUGAGCUAGUGUUAGCCAGCCAAUGUUAAAUUCAUUCAAAUGUUGAUCGUUUCUCCCCCCCUUCCUUGCUCUUCUCCCCCCAUAUGCCCUGCUCUUUUAUUUUUAUUUACAAAUAGCAGGAGGUUGAUGGCCUGUCGGAUUCGCUAGUGGCUUGUAAUUUGCAGAGAUUGUGCGUGAGAAAUGAAGAGGUAUAGCUUUCUUUCA